AAGCUAAGCUAAGCAAAACUCCUUGACGAGACAGAUCAUUAGUGGCUACCAGUACUAGAGAAAUGACAUCUCCAUGGACUGACUAACUGAUUCCAUUCCAUGUCUGUUACAAAAAUGGCGGGAAUAUGCUCUCUGAAUCCAACAACCUCAAUGACUUUUAAGACAAUUCAUGGAAUUAGAUGUUGCUCAGGAGCAACAGAUAAUGAAAAUAAGAGUUCAACUAGAACUAAAACCCCACAGAUUUUGAAAUUGGCUGUAAGUGGGGUCACAGAGCUUUUAAGGGUUUUCUCCUUCUCAGGCAAAGAGAGAUUAGAGAAAGUGAACAAUAAAGAUAGAGAUGAGAUAUCUGUUUCUGGUAUUGAUGAUGUUAUAAUGAUCCUCAAGUCUGAUUAUGAGAAUGCUUAUUUCGUCACAGAUCCAGAUAAUUACUUAAAAGCAGGGGUUUUCACGUCAGCGAUUUAUGAUGAAGAUUGUGUCUUUGAAGAUCCAACCAUUAAAUUCCAGGGUACUAAGUUGUAUUCACGCAAUUUGAAAUUGCUGGUUCCUUUCUUCGAUUGUCCAUCAAUUGGAUUACAAGACAUUGAGAAGGGUGUCAAUUCCGAAACAUAUUUUGUGCUGGCAAGAUGGAAACUAAGAACAUACCUGAAAUUCCCAUGGAGGCCUCUCAUUUCAAUCGACGGAAGCACAGUCUAUGAAUUAGAUAACAAGCUUAAAAUUGUUAGGCAUGCUGAGAGCUGGAAUGUUUCUGCACUUGAAGCUAUUGGUCAGAUAUUUACCCCUAGCUUUGAUAGACCUGGUGAAUGAAUUUGAGAAAACGUCUGGAAAUCUAAAGCUGAUGUAAUCAGAUCUCUGCAAUUUGAUUAAAAAGAUCUUGUGGUUUUAAAGACAAUGUAGACUUUCGUAUGGAUUAAGUUAGCAACCAUCAUCCUGUCUGCUCAAA